CCAAUCUUUUCAUUUUAAUAUGGUGAACUUAUCAAGGCAUAUGGACAACGACGCACUAGAUGAUCUGGACGAUAAGCAAGAGGAGACAAUUCUCGGCUUCAGUCCAGAAUUCGAUACGUUUCCAAUUGUCCUAGCAGUUUUUAUCGCGAUGUUCAACUCACUUGUUCUGUUUCUCACUACAAGGGUUCGAUCUCUUCGAACGGUAACGAACUUAAUCCUUGGCAGCUUGGCGUUUUCAGACUUGCUUAGUGGUGUACUUGGAAUACCUUUCUACUUGGCUUGCUCUGCAAUUCAAGAGAGAGUGGUUUGCGGGAUCACUCAGAUGCUCACGAGGUUCUUCUCGAUUUCGAUUGUUCUGCACCUCUUUCUAGUUUCUGUCGAUCGCCAUGUCGCUGUUAUCCACGCCAUACGCUAUAGCUCUUUGAUUACGAAGCGAAGGAUACUCUCCUUACUUCUCUCGGUGUGGUUAACCGCCGUAUUUGUCUCCCUGAUUCAACUCUCAUGGAUAGGCCUCGACAUGAAUGUUAACGAAGGUAUCGAGGAGAAAACCGCAAGAAUAAUAAUCAUAUAUGAUAUAUUUUGUAUCAUCUUAUUCUUCUUGGUACCACUUAUAACAAUGAUCUUUUGCUACAUCACAAUAUUUCUUGUUUUGAGAAAACAGCUGCGAGUAAUCGAGCAAAACAACACGCCGUCUUUUAGGAAGAACGUACGACGAUCCAGUGCGCGCGAAAGGCGCGCCGCAGUAAUUUUCGUGAUCAUGAUAAGCAUUUAUAUUUUCUGCUGGCUUCCUUAUUUUCUGCUUGGCCUGUUCCAUCUGAUUGGGAAUGACUUUUUCACGUUACCAAUCUCAGUUGAAUACACGCUGUUCUACUAUCCUAAAUUUUUGAACUCUCUUUUAAACCCACUGCUUUACGUAAUCUGCAAGCACGACUUCCGGCAGGCCUUUCGUGUAAUCAGAAGAAAAACAAAUAAGGGCUCAUCGUUGAGUCUGCAAAAAACCUAUGGAAAAGGAUCUCAGCGGGGACAAAAUAGGGAAAGUCAUUAUUUAGAACACUUACCAUCAAAUCGUGCCUAACUUCUUUAGCGAAUUGUGUUGACA